GUUGUUUUGAAUUAGGAUAAUGUUCCCAAUAAUUUAUAAUAAAAAUUUUAAAUUCUAAAAUUUAAUAAUUUCCUUUCGAUAUGGUGAAGGGUGUAAUGAUCGAUGCUGGUCUAAAGGCGCAACUUAAUUCGUCUCCACCCAUGGAUAUGCGUUUUCCGUAAAAUUUCUGAAAUAUAAAAUGUAAGAAUAUUUUUAUUUGUAAUAUAAAUUUUGGAUAUGAUAAAAUUCAAUGACUCUAUUAAACCUAUCCAACGUUGUCGAUCAACUUGGUGUGUCCGUAUCAAGCCUCAUUGCUCGUCGGAACUUAUUAUCAUUUUCGAUAAAUCAGCUUGAACUACUGAAGGAUACUUGUAAAAAGAUUUCUAGAAUCGAUUGUUUUGACUCGAACUAUCCUAAGAAUCAAAUUUUAAUUGAUUUUUUAAGGAAUGGAUCAAGGGUUUUGGAGGAGUCAAUCACUUUGAGGAGGGAUAUUUUUUCAAAUAACAACCUUCCCUUAUGCAAUCGCAAUUUUUCAAAAUCUGAAAAUAUUCAAUACCAACACAAUCGCACAGAACCUACUCUAAACCAAUUUCCUCAAAGCAAUAUUUCUGAUAUUAAUAAACUUGACCGCGUUUUGAACCACACACUAAUUAGUUUUAUCACUGUUCUCGGGAAUUCAGGGUUAUUUUUAAAUGAUUUAUACUUCUUCAAGUCAAUCUUAUCUGAAAUAAGGGUUAAUUGCUCAAAUUAUUCAGGACUAGUGUGUGCUGUGGGCAUAAUUAACAAGUGUGACUUGUUUAGAUACGAUGACUUUCUCAACUUCAGCAGGAAGAUUUUUUCUAAGUUUACCAGAAAUUACAAGAUCCUAAAUUAUAUAAAUGACCUAGAUGUUACCCUGUUACUAUUCCACAAGAUCUCAAUGACGUAUAUGUCCCAACCUUUAUUAAUAAAUAGUACUAUUUGUAAUCAGAAUCAACUAGAAUUACUACAUCUACUAUCAAUUAGUCUGGAUAAAGUCCUUGAAAUUUCAAACUUUAGAGACGGUAUUUCAUCCACUGUUUCCAUGAAAUCCGUGAAUAACCUUAUUCAGUCAAUUUUCCUAUUUUAUAAUUACAACAAAACCUUAAUAUCUAACUUAUCCCUGGAUAAAUUGGCUAAAAUUAAUAGAGUCUUGGCCAUAAACCCGGGUUCUAAUUGUUUACACUCUGAUUUUGAAAGCCCAGAACACAACGCCGGGUCUGAAUUUACUUCAUCCACAAACUCAAUCGAAAUUAAGAACACUAGUGAUUUACACCUGAAAGUAAAAAAUGUUCUAGAUAACAUGUGUGGUACAAACAAUAAUUCCCAAAGAAUUGAGAAUAGUUUAAAGAAUAAAAAAAUUUUAAAUGAAAUUAGGGUAGGGUCAAGUUUAUAUUUUGUUGAUUUAUUAAUUAAUUAAAUUCAUUUCUAAAAUCCCUGGACCAAUUCUCUAAAAAAGGAGAUUGUAUUAUAUUUUAAAGGUUUAAAUAAACUAUAUAAUUUAAAUAAUAUUGUAUUUACAUGA